AUGGAACCAGAAGCGACUGACAACGGGAGUUACACUGUUAAUGACAUACAUCCCUGCUACGAAUCAGAUAAUACAACUUACUUAUUCACAAGCAACCCUUCCAUAAUAUGUGUUUUAUUAUAUGUUUUCCUCGGCGCAUUGUCUGUUGUCACAAUAUGUGGAAACCUUUUCGUAAUAAUCUCCGUCUCUUACUUCAAACAGCUCCACAUCCCUACAAACUACCUCAUUCUGUCUCUGGCUGUGGCCGAUCUGCUUGUAGGAGUUCUAGUCUUUCCUUACAGCAUGACAUUCACUGUAACCUCAUGUUGGUAUCACGAGGGUUUGUUUUACAGAUACUACGCAGUGUGUCAGCCUCUUGCUUAUAAAAGUAAAGUAAAUGAUCGUGUCAUUGGGAUUAUGAUCCUGAUGAGCUGGGCAGUUGCUGCUGUAAUUGGCAUCAGCAUUAUAUUUGCAGGUUUUAAUCAAGGAAAAUGUGAAGAAAGUUGCUUAAUUGAUGCUCUAAUAUCGACCACUCUGGCAUAUAUUUUUUCAUUUUAUAUCCCGGUCAGUAUAAUGCUUAGUAUCUACCUGAAAAUUUUCCUUGUUGCAAAGAGACAGGCAAUCAGCAUUCAGAACACAACCGGUCUGAGCACAAAGUCUGGAGCAACCGUCAGUAAGAUGGAGAGAAAGGCCACCAAAACUCUGGCUAUUGUUUUGGGAGUUUUUCUCUUAUGUUGGACUCCGUACUUUCUUUGUAUCAUCUUUCAGCCUUUAACGUACAAUGUUACACCAAUUGCUGUGAUUGAAACACUGAACUGGCUUACACUGUCAAAUUCAAUGCUUAAUCCAUUUAUUUACGCUUUCUUUUACAGCUGGUUCAGAACAGCUUUCAGAAUGAUCAUUUCUGGAAAACUAUUUCAAG